AUGACGGCGUCGACAUCCAUGGUUCGACCAUCGACAAGAUCGACCUUGCCCCGGGAGAACCUCCUGACACCGGGGACGACCUUGAUGUCGCCGGAUCUGAUCUUCCCCAGGGCGCCGAUGUCCAGAACGGGGGUCUUUCCUUCCUUGUUCUUCAGCUCCAUGGGCCCAUCCGAGGGCCGCCGGAUGCCGUACCUCUCCAGGUUGCCCAAAACCAGCCAUGCCAACAUCAGCAAGAUCCUGUCGACCAUCCAAAGCGGCAGCCAUUUCAUCAGGGUCACCGCCAUCUCGAACGUUGACUUCCCCACGACCUCUCUGGGAAGAAUAUGCACCUGUUCGAUCUGCAUAUUAGUCAUUGGACCCUAAUUUCUAAUACAAGGUUUACCAGAUUUGAUUCUCACCGAGUCUCGGACCACCAUGAAGGGAAAGGCGUCGUGA